GUUGCGCAUCCGAAGUGAAGUGCUUCUUUCUCUGCAACAAGUAAGAAGGUGUCUAGUUUGCUCCUAUUGCUGCCCGCUUUGGUAUAGGCUGUAUUAGAUUAAUCUCAAUUCAUCUAGCUGAUGGUUCCAUAACGGCAGAAAGUAGGAACAAGAGACCGGAAUUUAGUACGUGAAAGAGUUAGUGAUAAUGGAGGAGCAAUUCAUACUAAGAGUUCCACCAUCCGUGGCUGAGAAAAUCGAACUUCUAUUCAAUGAGAAUUCUGCUUCUACUUCUGAAGAUAAAGCCUCCUCCUUGGAUAUAUCAUUUUUAGAGGAUGGAAGGACUGGUACAUUUGCUAUUGGUGACGAACGUUUUCCUGCCUCACUCUUGGAUCUUCCCGGCGUUGUUGAGUCGUACAAGACUUAUGAUGAUACUAAUCUAGUCAAGACUGCUGACAUUGGUCAGAUAAUUAUGGUUAGAGAAGAGGGAGACCAUUCUCCAGAUGGGGUGGAGUAUAGACAUGGGCUCACCCCUCCAAUGAGGGAUGCUCGGAGGAGAAGAUUUCGCAGGGAACCUGAUCUAAAUCCUGAGCUUGUCCAGAGGGUAGAGAAAGAUCUGUUGAACAUUAUGGCUGGUGGAACAGCUGGGAAUAUCGAUGUGGAGCAAGAGGAUGGUGGGGAUGGAAAUGCACGUGGAGCAGAUCGUGGAAAAGCUGCUGCUCCUCCACCCGGAACAACAGCAGCAGCAGCAGUAAAACCGCCAGAGAAGGAGGAGGAUCAAAAGAUCAAGGAAAAUGAUCGAGAGCCAAAUAGGAGCGACGACAGUGAAGAAGAUGAUGACGACUCGGAUGAUUCGUUGUGAUUAACUUUCCGAGGUACUGGGGGUACAUAACAGUUACUCUGCAUGUAACAUAUUACAGUAGCCCAAUGGCUAAUGUUGGGCAAGAGAAAUGAUUGGGCCACUAGCUAAAAUUAUUCUGUAAUCAUGAUCUAGUGUAUUUUAGGCAUUAUGGCAAACUCCUAAGUCCUAUCUCAAUCAAUUAUUGAUUAGUUUUGAAUUA